UUCAAAUUUGUACAUGACUUUUCUCCUCUUCCUAUCAAACCAUACCUUGUCUUCAACAUGAAAGAGACCAAAGCAUCUUAACUAGAAAACCCGGAUCUCUUGAGAGAGGAAAAUCCCCUUAUUGAAGAAUGAUAGCCGAAAUAAAGCUGUUCAUCACUUUCUUCACCCUCAUCCCCUACAUAGUCAUUUCAACAGACACCUUAACGGCAACCCAGUCACUCACAAAUAACCAAACUCUUGUCUCUGCAAGUGGGGUUUUUGUUUUCGGAUUCUUCACACCAGGCAAUUCAAGGAAAUUGUACUUAGGUAUUUGGUAUAAAACCAUUCAAGUCAAGACAGUAGUUUGGGUUGCUAACAGAGAGAACCCGCUCACUAACCCUUCUGCAAUUCUCAAGAUCAACCACCAAGGGCUCCUCCUUGUUGAUGAAGCAGAGAAUCUCGUUUGGUCGUCAAAUAAAACCAAAAUCAAGGCUGAUAAUCCAGUUUUACAGUUGUUAGAUACAGCAAAUCUCGUUAUAAGAGAAGCAAACAACAACGAUGCAGAUGGGUAUUUAUGGCAGAGCUUUGAUUACCCAACUGAUACUCUGUUACCAUCAAUGAAGCUAGGUUGGGAUCUUAAUACCGGUUUGAACAGGUACUUAAGUUCAUGGAGAAGCAGUGAUGAUCCUGCCUCUGGUGAUUUCUCUUACAAGAUAAAUUAUCAUGGAUUCCCAGACGCUUUUUUUUACAAUAGAGAGGUUCGAAUAUUUCGAAGCGGGCCAUGGAAUGGUUUGAGAUUCACUAGUGGACCAGAAAAGAAUCCUCUUCCUUACAUACACUUCACUUUCGUCACUAAUCAAGAUGAGGUAUACUACACUUAUGAAAUAACAAAGAAGAGUUUGUUUUCAAGGUUAGUCAGUACUCCAUAUGGGGAAAUACAAAGAUUGACAUGGAUUGAAAGCAAGAAAGAAUGGUCAAAAUUCUGGUACGCACCCAAUGAUCAAUGCGACAAUUACAAUGAGUGUGGUCCAUAUGGCAUUUGUGAUUCAAAUUCUUCUCCAGUCUGUAAGUGUACAAGAGGGUUCGAGCCUAAGAACCCAACAGUGUGGAAUUUGAGAGAUGCGUCUGGUGGGUGUGUGAGGAAAACACAGUUGGAGUGUGUUAAAGAUAAGUUCUUGCGUAUGAAGAACAUGAAGUUGCCGGAGAGUAUUACUUCAUUUGUGGAUGCAAAUAUGAAUCUUAAGCAAUGUGAAGGUUUGUGUUCCAAGAAUUGUUCUUGUACAGCUUAUGCUAAUUCUAAUAUCACCAAUGGAGGCACAGGUUGUGUUAUUUGGACAAGUGAGCUCUUGGACAUGAGACAAAGAAAAGAUGGUCAAGAUCUCUAUGUUAGAUUGGCAUCUUCUGAUCUAGAUGAUGGAGGGAACAUACAUCUUCUGGUAAUUGGUGUUGGUGUUGUAGUUGGUAGUGGAAUUUUAGUAGUAGUGCUGAUUGGGUAUUUUGCAUGGAAGAGGAAGGCAUUGCCAAGUAUAUGCAAGGGAGAAACUGAUAAAAAAGGUGAAAGAAGCCGAGAUGUGCAAUUAAGUGAAGUAGUAAUCUUGAGUGAGAAUAAUGUUGAUUAUUUGGAACUGCCCUCAUUUGAUUUUGGUACCAUAGCAACGGCUACUAAUAACUUUGCUGAUGAAAAUAAACUGGGACAAGGUGGAUUUGGUAGUGUUUACAAGGGUAGGUUGAUAGAAGGUCAAGAUAUAGCGGUGAAGAGGCUGUCAAAGAUUUCUGGACAAGGAACGGAAGAAUUCAUGAAUGAGGUCAGGUUAAUAGCCAGGCUUCAACAUAGAAAUCUGGUUCGCUUGCUUGGUUGCUGCAUUGAGAUGGAUGAAAAUAUUUUGAUUUACGAGUACAUGGAGCACAGAAGCCUUGAUGCUAUUAUAUUCAGUCAAUCGAGGAGUGCCUUAUUGAAUUGGCCAAGGCGGUUCAACAUCAUAUGUGGGAUUGCUCGAGGACUUCUAUAUCUUCACCAGGAUUCCAGAUUCAGAAUCAUCCACAGGGAUCUCAAAACAAGCAAUGUUCUACUUGACGGAGAUAUGAACCCCAAAAUAUCAGAUUUUGGCUUGGCAAGAAUUUUCGGUGGAGAUCAAAUGGAAGCAAAAACCAGGCGAGUCAUUGGCACAUAUGGAUAUAUGUCUCCUGAGUAUGCAAUGAACGGUCUCUUCUCUGUGAAAUCUGAUGUUUUCAGCUUUGGUGUUCUCGUUUUGGAGAUCGUAAGUGGCAAGAAAAACACGGGGUUUUAUCAUUCAAACGGUGAACUAAAUCUUCUUGGACAUGCGUGGAGACUAUGGAGAGAAGGGACGGGACCGGAACUGAUAGAUCAAUCAGUGGGUGAAUCGUAUUCCCUGAAUGAAGUUCUAAGGUGCAUACAGGUUGCUCUGUUAUGUGUGCAAGAACGAACUGAAGACAGGCCAACCAUGUCAUCUGUGGUCUUGAUGUUGAGCAGUGAAACUGCAACUAUGCCACAGCCUAAAAAGCCCGGGUUCUGUCUUGGAACGGAUUAUAUUGAAUCCAGUUCAUUUUCAAUUAAGCAACAUGAAUCAUGUACCGUGAACCAAGUGACAGUCACAGCGUUUGAUCCUAGAUAGAGUAAGGUUAAUCCUUAUCCAUACAUCAACAUCCUUCAUGUAUCUCCGGUCCCAUGUCUCGGAACCCCUGCACCGCUUUCUCGGAUUAAGCUCAUGGAACAUUCAGAAUUGAAAACGGGAUAUGACUCCAAGAUGAACCCUUCUCCGAUUCGAAGACCAAGAUAGUUUGUUUCA